AUGGCUUUCUUUAAACAAACUGUCCGCUGGCAGUGCUUGCCACAUUACUUCAUCUUCUUGGUAUUUGGAGCAUUGAUACCUCCUUGUUUAUCAUCUGUUAAUGAAACAGUCAUCGAGGAUGGAUCAAUGAAUAGCACUGAAUAUUAUUUGUCAUCAGUAAUAGAGACAUCAGAAGUAUUUUACACGUCAAUGAAGACACUAGAUCCUAGUCUAGCAACAGAAGCCAUACCGACGUCUCAGGUAUCGCUUGCAUCACUAAUGCUUUCUGUCACAAAUGGUAACAGCACUGCUUUCACAUUAACUUCAUCUUCGUUUAAUGGCCAUACUAACAUAGUUCACGCAAAUUCACUUAGUACCGAAAUAUUGGAUUCUAAGACAAUUAACAAGUUUACAGGAACAUUGCCUGUUUAUAAUAGCCUACAGACAUCAUCAAAUGUUUUAUAUAAUUCAUUAUCUCCUCGUGUUGUGUCUACACAAGUAAAUUCAGAACUUACAGAAACUUUCUUUCAAACAUUAACAACAUUAGGAACACUUAUCUCUGCAGAAGACAUUUCUGCUUCUUCCGUUGUCUUUGAAACACCCUCAUCACCUGUCCUAAUUAAACAAUUUAUACCAUCACUACACAUUUCUUUUGAACUUUCACCAUCAUCUUCUUCGAUGUCAGCCAUUGAUGAGUUUGUUGUUGGGACAUCUAAUGUAUUCAACACUCGGGCCAUCACGGAAUCAUAUCUAUCAUCAUCACCUGACCUGCAUGAGCUUUCUCCAUCAACCAAAUUGUUUCAAACUGAAGUCAUUACAGAAGUAGUUUCAUCAAAUUUUUUGGAAACAUUACUGCCACAGUCACUUGAUCCUCUUGAGCCUUCUCCAUCAACCACAUUGACACUCGCAACUGAUGAGUUAAUUAUUGUGACAUCUGAAAUAUAUAAAAUUGAAGUCAUCACAAAGGUAGAUAUAUUUGAAACAUUACCACCACCAUCUGAACUACUUGAGCUUUCUCUGUCAACCACAUUGAUGUCCGCUACUGAUGGGUUUAUUAUUGUAACCUCAAAAAUAUUUGAAACUGAGUUAGUCACAGAGGUUUCUUCAGAUGGUUUUGAAACAUUACCACUAUCACCUGAUCUACAUGAGCUUUCACCAUCAACCACAUUGAGGUCUGCUACUGAUGAGUUUAUUUUUGUGACCUCAGAAAUCUUUGAAUCUGAGUUCACCACAAAACUAGUUUCCUCAAAUGUGUUAGAAACAUAUCUGUUAUCAUCAUUGGGCUCGCUUAAGCUUUCUCCAUCAAUGACAUUGAUGUCAGCUACUGAUGAGAUUAAUAUUGUAACAUCUGAAGUAUUUCAAACUGAAUUCAUCACAGAAGUGAAAUCAUCAGAUAUAUUUGAAACUUUACUACUACCAACAUCUGACCUGUUAGGUCUUUCUCCAUCAUCCACAUUGAUGUCUGCUAGUGAUACACUUAUUGUAACCUCAGAAAUUUUUGAAAUGGAAGUCAUCACAGAGGUAGUUUCAUCAGUUAUAUUGGAAACAUAUUUACUGUCAUCCACAGAUCAGUUGAAUAUUGUGACACCUGAAAUAUUUGAAACUGAACUAAUCACAGAGAUAGUUUCGUCAGAUGUAUUAGAAACAUUAAUAAUACCAUCAUCUGAUUUGCUUGGGCUUUCUCCAUCAACCACAAUGAUGUCAGGUACUGAUGGGUUUAAUAUUGUGACAUCCGAAGUAUUUGGAACUGAAUUCAUCACAGAGAUGAUUUCAUCAGAUAUAUUUGAAACAUUACUACUACCAUCAUCAGACCUGUUAGGUCUUUCUUCAUCAUCCACAUUGAUGUCUGCUACUGAUGAGCUUAAUAUAGUAACCUCAGAAAUAUUUGAAACUGAAGUCAUCACAGAGAGGUAG